AUGGAACAUUCCCAAAAGACUUUGCUCAUGGCGAUGAAGUCUAGUGGAAUUGGUGUUAGUCGUGCGUAUCGUUUUCUGGAUAAUGAAGCUGGAAAUCGUGAAAACAUUGCUUUCACACGCAAAGAUGUCUACAAUGAGCUCAACUGUGAAUCUGCAAAAUUGGGGCAAGUUGCCAAUGCCGAUGCGAACAAGUUGAUGGAGUACCUCACCGACAAAGGAUUGAGCGACCCUUCGUUCUAUUGGAAGGUAAAGUUGAGUGAUGAUGGCAGGUUUGACAACCUCUUCUUUAGGGAUAGUAGAUGCCUUGUUGAUUAUCAACAUUUUGGUGACGUUAUAUCUGUCGAUGCUACCUAUAAAACCAACAAGUAUGACCUGAUUUGUGUCCCUCUGGUUGAAAUCAAUCAUCAUCGGACGAAUGUAAUGUUCGCGAUGGCCUUUUUAUCUAACAAAAAAACCGAGUCGUAUGAGUGGUUGUUUUCUACAUUUCUAGAGACAAUAUAUCAUAAAAAGCCUUCUAUAAUUUUCUCCGACCAAGAUUAUGCUCUUAUGAACGGUGUUGACGUUACAUUUCGACACACAAAGCACAGGCUUUGUCAAUGGCAUAUAAACAAGAAUGCGGAGUUCGAAGUCAGUUGGGCAAGUAUGAUUGAAGAGUUCAACCUGUCGGAUAAUAGAUGGUUUAGUAGCAUGUACAAGUUAAGAAAGCGAUGGUCUACUGCUUUUACCCGAGAUAGAUUUACCGGUGGUUUGCAUGCGACAUCUCGUAGUGAAGUGACGAACAAAGUUCUUAAAGAACUGUGUUGCUCAACUUCUAGUGUCCAUGAAUUUGUUCUAGGUUUUGAGAGAUUACAAAGAAAUUGGCGCACACAAAAGUUCGAGGAAGAUGCUCUUUGUCGAGGCAUGCCUGGUAUGUUUUUGCGAUCUACUGAAAUUCUCGUGCAAAUUGGUGAGCUGUGUACCCGUAACAUUUUCAAGUCAAUUGAGUACGAAGCCAUUAACUCUGUAUUAGUGAAAGUGUUUAAUGAGCUACCUGAUUUGAACGACGAGUUCCUUGAGUAUAGAGUCGCUUCUAAAAUGGCUAUUACAGGUUAUCGUGUUGUCACAUUCAAUCAGGCAACAAAGAUAGGUUAUUGUUCGUGUAAAAUGUGGAAAACUGAGGUGAAAUCGUUGAGGCAGUCUCAACCUUUGAAUACCGACCGAGAACCAUUUGCUGGAAGAUUCAAAGAGCCACUGCAUCGCCCUGUAAAGAAUUUAAUUCAGAAGAAGAAGCCUCUGUUCCGACGUAGGUUUUUUACUAAACACAGGGAUUAUCGUAGAUCUCAGGUUUUUAGUAGCUCUAAACCAACUGGCGAUGGCACUGAUUUUGUUCGGUCCACAACCAUUCCAAACUUUUUUAACUCUCAAGGUAUUAACCUAAACGAUGAUGACGACACCGAUCGUUUCACCGUUGAUUAG